AUGCUUCUAAGACAUAGAAUUGUACACGCUCCGAUGACUAGAUUGCGAGCCACUGACGAUGGAUUCGUUACCAAAUUGAUGACCGAAUAUUAUACUCAAAGGUCAUGUAUCCCAGGAUCAUUGAUGAUUUCAGAUGCAACAUUCGCAGGAGAAAAGUCUGGCGGAUACCCAAAUAACCCUAGGUGUUUCACAGAAGAACAUGCAAAGGCUUGGAUUCCUGUCACGAAUGCUAUCCACCGAAACAAAUCUUAUCUAUUUAUGCAGCUUUGGCCUUUACCCGGAGAAAUCAAGGAUGAAUAUAGAGAAGACCCAGAAAAAUUAAAGGAGAUCGCAUACAAUGACUGCCCUAUGGAUCCACUUGGCUUACCUGCUGGUGUCGAGUCCUUCGAUACCGUUCAAGGAAUAAACAUUUACAAGAAAAAGUAUGUAAGCAAAACAGAUAUACAAGAAUAUAUCCAUGAUUUUGUCAAUGCAGCUUCUUUAGCUACCCACGUCGCAAAGGCAGAUGGAGUGGAGCUUCAUCAAGCGAAUGGGUUUUUACUAGACCGAUUCGUCCUCGGUGGUUUAGGCGAUCAAUGUGAUCCAGAUUAUCGAGGACCACUUGAGAAUCGGUGUCGAUUUGCUUUGGAAGUUUUGGAAGCCGUUACUCAAGAAAUUGGACAAGAAAGAGUUGGAUAUAGGAUCUCACCGUAUUCGGCUUGGGCGUUACAAACUGACACCAGGGAGACUCAUAUAUAUUUAAUGAAGGAGAUUUCUAAGCGUUUUCCAAAGCUGGCCUAUAUUCAUGCGAUUGAACCCCGACAAUAUUGGAGUGGUCAUAAGAGGAUAAAGUCUGAAGUAAAUACAUUUUACCUACAAAAGUAUUGGAAAGGACCAUUUAUUACUGCUGGUGGCUAUGAUCCCGAGUCGGCCAUGGAAGCCGCAGACGAACGAGGCACAUUAGUAGCCUUUGGCAGACAAUAUAUUGCAAACCCAGAUUUGGUAUAUCGUGUUCACAAUAAUUUACCUUUAAAUCCUUACAAGCGCUCUGAAUUCUACACACCUAAGAGUACUUUAGGCUACAUUGAUUAUCCAUUUAGCCAAGAGUAUCUAACUGCAACGAAAGAAAGACAACCUAAUGAGGGAAAAUAA